UAUGUUUUACUUUCGCGAAAUAUCUUCAAUUAAGUAUUCCAGUAUGAAUAAUAAUCUCCCAUAAAUCAUUGUAUAAGAACGAACUGUCUUUAUUAAUGAAGAAAAAUCAUAGUGAUGGGAAAAAAUUUCUUGAAAUUUAGAAUUAUUGCUUGUAAGAACUACAACAUAAGACCAAACAUAAUAAUAAAACUAAAAGUUGUAUAUUAAAAAAGCAUGUAGUACACACCAACAAUCCUAACGAAUCAAAACAGUGUCCAGUUCUUUCGCCUACUCUUUGCGACGAGUGAGAGUAGAGAGAAGUUGAAGCGCGUGCUUUAAAACAACUCUUUAACUUCGCCCAGAAGCAAACGAGCGGUCGCACGUGCGCCUGUUAUUCUCGUACUAGUCCUCAGAGUUGAAUCCAUGCUCUAAUUAUCUUUAACAAUACUACGGGUAUACAAUUUGCGACGCCGUAUGAACUUUUAUGCACAAACCUACGCUACCAUUUGAAAAAGACACAAGUUUCAUUCAGUGAAGACAACCAAUUACGACAUCCUUCUCAUUUGAUUUCUUCAUACACAAAAAGAUGCAUGUUAACCAGUGGAUGUUAUUUGUUGUAGCAUUGAGUUUGGCCGAUGUUAUUAAUGGGAUCAUUCCUGAAGAUAGUGGAAGUAUUUUGGAUAUUGAUAUUCCGUCAAGACAAAACGAUAAAUUUUCAAAUCCACCAUAUCCAUACGUUGCAAGCACAGGUGGAAAUAACAUAGGAAACGAAUAUUCAGAAGAACGACUCCCCUCGGAUCCUAUGCGAAGGUGUUCUGAACGAUUAGAUAAUGCACUUCAAGAGAUGAGACGUAGACAACAAGCCAAACAAAAAUCUUUACAUCUAAGCGGAUACACAUUACACCAACAAUUACGCUCGAUACCUUACGAAAUGUACGUAACCGAUAUGAGAGUACGAUUACCGUCAUCAACCAGUUGGGUUCGUGUUGAUCGAUGUUUCUUCGAUCCUGUAAACACCUCGUUAGACACACGAUUACUCUUUAGCGAUUUAAGCAUAAUUGGAAAAGUUAACUUAUUUGGAGAUGGGGAAUUAUUGGAAAAGGAGCCUGAUCAACCAGACUCGGAAGGAAGUUGUAACAUGAUUUUGAGAUUAAGAAGAGCCGGAAUCGGAUUUCACACUGAACCGAUUCGACGCGAAAGAGGUCAUUUUAACGUUCGAACUGAUUCGCAUUUUUUAGAACCGGGUUUUAUAAGUGUUUAUGCUUAUGGUUGCGAGUCACAUUUUCGUGAGCACAGAAGAAGUUUUUCGGAAGCCAAUUAUGAGGAUGAAGAGAUUGCUAGGGAAAUGGAAGAUAUUUUUAUAAAAGGUAUUAGGUCUUUACUCACUUCGUACAUGCAAAGAGAAUUACAACCAGCUAUAAAAGAAACUUUAAUGACUAGUAUGGGUUAUACGGUAUCUUACGGAUAAAUAAUUACCUGUAUAUAGAUGUAAAUAUGUUAUAGAAUUUAAUAAAGUAUUUAGUAACA